AUGGCCUCCUUAGUUGGAACGAAAGUCGAGCAGAACAACUAUCCCUCAAGCGAUGCCAGAUGCACUUCACCCACCAACCCAAACUGCAACUCUAGUGCAAGCAACAUGGAGGUCAUUGAAAUAGGCUUCGAAGGGGAACAACCUAAUCAACUUGAAGACAGUGUCUCAAAUUUGCCAGUGAUGGACGAGGAAGGCGAAGAGGAAGAGGAGUUUCCAAAUGAACCAGGGUAG